AUGAUUGUUGAUGUUUGUGCCGAUCAUCCCAGUGCCUUUUGGAAUCAGAAAAAGCACAUUGUCACUCUUUCAUAUGAGGAUAAUUUUCCUGAGAAUAAUAUCCCAACCAAAUUUCGACCGUGCCAAAUAAUUGCUGAAUUAGUCGAAUUCUGUAAAAAAGAAAUUGAUAAUUUGUUACAAAAAGAAAAGAAACCUGGUGUUCCCAGAAUAUCUGUAAGUUUUGUUGACAAGGAUGGAGAAGAGAACCAUAUAAAGGUCCAUGUUGGAAUGUUUAUGUUAGAAGUUGCACAUGAAAAUAACAUUGAACUUGAAGGAUCAUGUGAAGUUUUGCUUGUCUGUUCCACAUGUCAUGUGAUUGUUAUCGAUGUGGUGUACUACAACAAGCUAGAAGAUCCAAUAGAUGUCGAAUAUGAUAUGUUGGAUCUUGAUUUUGGUAUGACCUACAUAUAUAUCUUGUCUCGUUUAGUUUGUCAGGUAAUUGCAAUACCUGAACUUGGUAGAAUUUGGUUAGCUCUCCCUGUUGAAAAUGAGACUACUGUUGAUGGCUAUAAAUUAAAACCAUAUUAG